AUGAGUGCGCAAAAUAUAAAACCAAUACCAACAAAAGAAGUAAUUACCUCAAAUUCAACAAUACUUGACCCUAAUGAAGAAAUAUUUGAACCUCAUGAGGAAAAUACAGAUCUAUCUGAAUUAACGGGAAGAGCAUCCCCAUUUGUUUAUAUGCUUGUUAUUUGUGUUUGUAUAGGCGGUUUUUUAGCUGGUUAUGAUACAGGUGUUAUUUCGGGUGCCUUAAGUUUACUUCAUGAGGAAUUUCAUUUGAAUAAUGUGACGAAGGAAUUAGUUGUUGGCGCUACUACCUUUGGAGCUAUUUUUGGUGGUUUCUUUUCGGGACUUCUUAGUGAUAGAUUUGGCAGAAGGAUCCUUGUUAUUGUUUCCUCUGUUAUAUUUAUUGCAGGCGCAUUACUUAUUUCAUUAGCAAGGAAUUAUGGUGUUUUAUUAUUUGGUAGAUUUGUAGUCGGACUUGCAGUGGGGAUUGCAUCGAUGAUUGUACCUGUCUAUGUCAGUGAAUUAUCACCUAAGCAUAUUAGAGGCAGAUUAACCACCUUAAAUACCCUUGUGCUCACAUUUGGUCAAGUGAUUGCAUAUGUCUUUAAUAUUGUUUUCACGGAUAUUCCUAAUGGAUGGCGAUAUAUGUUUGGUAUCGCUGGUAUUCCAGCCCUUAUACAAUUUUUCAUUAUGCCUUUCCUUCCCGAAUCACCUCGUCGUCUAAUUGCCAUUGGCAAAUAUGAUGAAGCCAAGGCAGCUAUUCGUAAAAUCUAUGGAGAUUCAGUGACAGAUGUUUUUAUUGAUAGAGAGAUUAAAGUGAUUGAUAACGAUAUUCAUACUUGUCGAUCAGGAUCAUUUAGAGAUUUUUUACACAAAGAUAACUUUAUUCCUUUAAUUAUUGCAUGUAUUUUACAAGCAGCACAACAACUUUCAGGUUUUAAUGCAGCCAUGUAUUAUGCUGCCACUAUUUUACAAAUGGCAGGGUUCAGAAGUAAUGAAGGUUCGACUAGUGUUGCUAUUAUUGUAGCAGCCACAAAUAUGGUGUUUACUGCAGUAGCCAUUUUAGUGAUUGAUAAAUUUGGACGUCGAAAGAUGUUAUUGUUUACGAUGCUGAGUAUGAUUUGUGGGUUAAUUGCACUUGGUGCUACCUUUGCUGCUCAACAAGGAUUUAUAACACAACAAGAUACGUGUGGUGGCUACUCUUCACAUUGUGCACGUUGUGUCCUUGAUGAACGUUGUGGAUGGUCGAUUAGUGGAAAUAUCUGUAUUCCACUUGAAGGGAACGCACAAGAUAUUUUUCAUAGUGCAACCGGCUGUCCUAGUGAACCUAAAGAUAAAGCGAUUACAGGCGUUCUUUUAACAUUUUUGAUCAUUUAUGUUGCGAGUUAUGCUUUAGGGCUUGGUUAUAUUCCAUGGUUAGCACAAUCAGAAAUGUUCCCCAUGUCUAUUCGUGGUAAAGCAAAUGGAGUAGCAACAGCUGUUAAUUGGAUAUGUAAUCUUAUUAUUUCCACAAGUUUCUUAUCAAUGACAGAAUCAAUGACAACAGCGGGCACAUUUUGGUUCUAUGCUGGUAUUUCUAUCUUUUUAUGGGCUGCAUUAAUUCGUUUAAUGCCAGAAACGUCUGGUAAAACAUUAGAAGAAAUUCAUGAAUAUUUCUUAAAGAUUUAA